CAGUUCGUUCCGUUCCGUGUCCGUGCUUCUCUCCUCGUUGCUCGUUUGCCUACUCGUGCGACGCAAGUUUCUCUCUGUUAUUAUUUUUUCCGCGUAGAAAAGGCCAAUCUAAUUUACGCGAACCACAAAAAUGUCGAAUCGUGGAUCAGGAAGACCGUUUACCAAAAGUUACUACGAACAUGACAACCGAGGAGCUGAAGGACGUACUGGACGAUCUGUGAGCUUCAAGUCUUCAACUGGUGGUAAUCCCAGUCGUGGCGGCAUUAACUCACGCAACAGAAGUAGGAACAAUGGAAAAACUUGGACUAAGCAGAUACAGAACUACUUGACGCAUGAUGGUGAUUAUGAUAUGGGUGGAAAUGGACCAAGAAAUGAUUUCAGUCAUCCAGUUGAUGGAAGAAGAAAGUAUAACAAUAAUAGAAGACGGGGAGGAAAUGGCAGACAACACUCUCCUGCACCUAAUCGCUCCUUCAGACGCUUACCUACCAGUUCAACUUUUUGGUACAAAAUUAUUGUUCCACAUGCUGGAAGAUAUGACAAGAAAUGGUUGAUUGACACAUUAAAUGCAAGUUUAGUCCCUACAACCUUCACACCAAUUGGAUUCCACCAUGAGGCCCAGGGUAAAGAUACAGUUGUCUUUUAUCUUGAUGAUUUUCAAGCAGCUUCAAAACUAAGCAACAUGGAUAAAAGGAUUUCAACUGAAGAUGGGUUUAAACUUAUGGUUUUGGUGCGACCACUAAACAAUCUGAACAUAGUUCUAAAUGAACCGUUGAAGGAGACCAUUAAAACUGUUAUGGCUAAAAGAUUUAGGCCAGAUGUUAAAUCACUUGAUUUGUCCCGUUUUCAUAGUGAUCCAGAGCUGGAAGGCAAAUUUGUGCCUCUAAAUCAAAGGACAGUGUUUUCAUGUGUUCUGUCACUUGUAGUUGAACACUGCCCUUCCUUACAUGCAUUAGAUCUUUCUCACAAUCAGAUUUAUUCACUAGAAGGUGUGAAAACGCUAGUCUCCAAACUUUCCAAUUUACGGAUUCUUCAUUUAGCCAAUAACCAGUUGGAGAAAAUUUCUGGACUAGAUGCUCUGAAAGGGCUUGGAGUCGAAGAACUGCUCAUGACAUCAAAUCCUGUCUGUGGCAAAUAUGCUGAACAAGGAGCUUAUGUCACAGAUGUUAGAAAAAGACUUCCUAAACUCCUUAAAUUGGAUAGUGUAGAUCUGCCACCUCCAAUAUUAUUUGACGUAGAGACUACACAGAUCCCUCCAUCCAGAGGCAGUUAUUUAUGUGCAGAAGAGGGGAAGGACAUAGCUCGCCAGUUUUUGGAACAAUACUAUGCACUUUAUGACAGUGCCAAUAGAGAGCCUUUAAGAGAUGCGUACCAUGCCAGUGCCAUGCUCUCAAUGUCUUGUAACUAUCCAUCUUCUCACAGUCAAGGACCUAAGGAGAAAGCCAUGUUACAUGCAUACAAGUCUAAUAAUCGAAAUCUGAAACAAGUGAUGGAUUUAGACCGUCGUGUUCGAUUGCUUAUGUGUGGCCAUGAAGAAAUCAUGAAGCAUCUAUGUAGUCUGCCUGCAAGUCAACAUGAUCCAAAUUCUUUUGCCGUUGACUUACUUCUUUACACUCCACAACUUAUACAACUCUGUGUUUGUGGAGUUUUCCGUGAAGCUCGUGGUACUGCCCAUUCACCUAUGCGAGCAUUCAGCAGAAGUCUCAUCAUAGUUCCUCAAGGUCAAGGUUUCUGUAUUGUUAAUGAAACAAUAACAGUAACCAAUGCUACAAGUGCUCAGGCCAAUGCUGCUUUCAAGACCAGCCUUGUACCAGUUGCUCCAGCACCAUUAGUAUCAGCACCUGUUGUUCCACUGGUGCCUGUGCCUGUAUCACCAGUGGGUAUUGUAAAUCAAGAUUUAGAAGCCAAACGUCAAAUGGUUGAACAUGUUGUCAGAACUACUGGUAUGAACCUCAUAUGGUCAGAAAAAUGCUUAUUAGAAUCAAACUGGAAUUUGGAGCAGGCUUUGUUUGCAUUCGCAGAAUACCACAGACAAGGAAGUAUACCUGAAGAAGCCUUUGCACGUUGAUCUCGUCUUAACUCUUAUGUUAGAAAAUGUAAAUACCUAUUACUCAAUACAACUGUCAAAGGUACACAUAAGUUUACCAUAAGUUGGUUUUAUGUAUGUUAAAUGUUAAAAACGAACAUAAAUCAUGGAAAAGUUAUGUUAAAGAUAACCCAAUUGGACUUCAUUGAAAUAAAAAAAAUACCAAUGUUUGUGAAAUCAUAUCUGAUAACUAAUUUCUGACUUGCCAAAUAUGCUAAUUGUUACUACACAGUAUAAUUUCAGAGAAAUGUUUUGAAACCAUUCAAUGGUUUCUUUUUCAGUUUUUGAUUAAGUGGGAGAUUUUCAUUGUGUUUGUGAUGAUCUCCGGCACAUCAUCUAGCUCACCUCUCUUUUUCUCAACAUGAGAAUGCUAUUAAUCAUCAAGACUUUAGCUUCAGUUUUGUUUUUAUUAUUUAAUUCUUUUUAUUUCUUACAUUUUUGUCAGAACUGAACUAUUUACUGUUGCAUACUGGUUACUGUACAAAUUUGAUCACAGACUCUGUUGCUUUAAAUGUGUUCGAUUGUUGUCUCUUCAUUGACAAUAUCAAGAAACGUCUUCAGUGAUUUCAAACUUUAUUUAAAUCCAAGUUAUUGUAUACACAAGAUUUUCCAAAUGCUUAAAUAUUUCAAAUACAGGUACAGUCAACCUUGGUAUACGUCUUGGAGGUGACUGUUUGUGAUCUUUUGUGUUUCAUGCCCAAUGUUAUUUAUUUCUCGUAAUGUCAAUUGUAUGAAUUGGAGCUGCCUUUAAAAUUUAUUUGCUAUGUUUAGUGCUGAGGCGUUAACUUCAAACCUUAGGAUUAGAGUUUUUUUAACUUUCUUAUUUUCAUAAAUAUAUGUCUAAGACUGGAAA